AUGGAAAACGAAAUGGAGGAUUUGUUGUAUCGUGCAACGAGAAUCAACACGUUGGAAGAGUAUCAAGCAUGGGAGACGAAUUGUGAUGAGUAUCGCGAUUUUUUGAGAGAGCACGCGUGUUUGAAGGUGAAUUCAUAUAAUACGAUAUUCAAUGGAGAAUUCGUCGCGGAUGACAAGAGGUCCGUCAAGAGUAUUGCCACGAAGAAUCAUGAACUGUAUGGUGCUGAUUUGGAAGAGUGGUAUAACGAGUAUGUUAUGAAUGACAUUUUAACAUCUCUGGAGGAGUUUCAAGAACGUAAUAGCGGAUGGGCAUUAUCGCGCAUAUUGACUUUGAUUGUAAAUGUAAACAAAUUGAAUCCUAUACACGCUGGAUGUUGCGUGAAUUUAUCUCGACGUAUCAGUUUGAAGAGAGCAACUAUCAAUGUAGAGUCGUUUGAUAACGCCUGUUUCGCAUGGUCUAUAGUUACAGCAUUGUGUGUGUAUCCCGCAAUUAAUAAUGUUAGUAGAGUGUCGCAAUAUCCUCAUUAUUUAGAUGUAUUACGGUUGGAAGGUAUUGAGUUCCCCGUAACCUUGAAGCAGAUCACGAAAUUCGAAGAUUUGAAUGAUAUUUCCGUAAACGUGUUUAUCGAGCGAGAGAGAAAUAGAAAGAAAAGGAGUGCAAAUAGCGAUAUGAUGGUACCUUUUCAUGUGACAAAACUAAAACGAAACAUACACGUGAAUCUGUUGUACGUGGAAAAUUUGCAACGUAAUCACUAUGGCGUCGGACAUUUUGUAUUGAUUAAGAAUCUGUCUAGACUUCUCAGUUCUCAAUUGAGCAGGAAUUGCAACAAGAAGUGCAUCUAUGAAAAAUGUUUGCAUUACUCAUCGAGUCAUAAUCUGUUUCGUCAUGAUGUCGAUUGUACAAGGAUGAACGAAUGUACUGUUACUUUGCCUAAUGAUAACGAUAAGUGGUUGUCGUUUCGUAAUUACAACAGAAAGAAGCGACUUCCCUUUGUGGUUUAUGCCGAUUUGGAAUGUAUAUUGGAAAAGACAGGAAUUGACGAUGAACGUAUCCCAAGAUUUACCUAUCAACAUCAUAAAGUCUUCAGCAUUGGAUAUUACGUAUGUUGUCAGUUUGACGAAAACAUGUCGAUGUAUUCAUAUUGUCGCGGAUCGAAUUGCGUAGAAUGGUUCGUCGACGAACUGUAUCGAUUGACGCAUCGCGUAAAGUCUCUUUUCGUAAGAAAUACGGCUAUGAAUCAGUUUACGACUCAGCAAUGGAAACAAUUUGUAGACGCGACUCAUUGUCAUAUUUGUGAAAAACCGUUCGAGAUGGAACAUAAACGCGUACGUGAUCACUGUCACAUAACCGGACGUUACAGAGGUGCCGCGCACGAACAUUGUAAUGCAAAUUAUCAAGAAUCCUGUGUUAUUUCUGUAUUUUUUCAUAAUUUAUCGGGUUACGACGCACAUUUUAUUAUAAAAGAUAUAGCUAACAGAUACGAAGGAAAUGUGUCUUUGUUACCGGUAACGAAAGAAAACUAUAUAUCGUUCACGAAAUACGUGAAAGAUACAAGUGGAUCGUGGAAAGGUACAAAUACCAUGCAAUUACGUUUUGUGGACUCGUAUAAAUUUCUCAGUUCUAGCCUUGAGAAAUUGGUGUCUUAUAUCGACAAAAGUAAACUGAAAAUUACGCGAUCGAUAUUUUUCAAUCUGGAUGCACAAGAUUUUGAUUUUCUUACGCGCAAAGGAAUAUUUCCGUACGAAUACGUUGACAACUUCGAUAAGCUCAACGAGACGAGUUUACCACCACGUGAGGCAUUUUACAGUUCAUUGACCGACGAGGACGUUUCCGACGACGAUUAG